AUGGCCAGGGGCUUACCACUGGGAUACUUGAACCAAUUGGAACAAAGGCUGGCAGAGACCGAGUCAGCCCUUUACGGGGCUUUGAUGACCAUUCGUUCAAUGGGACAAGCAGAAGCAGUACAAACUACAACAAAGACGGAUAUUUCCCACAAACAUAAGGCAGCUCGCAUGGAAGAGUGGUCCCAGCUGCCCCUCCGAGAAUGGCCCGAUAUGGAGCGUUGGCUGACGGCCAUGUCGGACCGGUUUACCAUUGAGCAGCCAAGUGAUGUGGUUUCAGACACACGGGGACGUGGCUACACAAUCCCGAUGGCUCCUACUCAUGAUAUAUUGCAGACCUCGGGAGAUCCUCAUUCCGGACAAGUCCCAUAUGCAUGGCAACCCAGGGACAAUAGGGUCAGUUCGGGGAGUUCAUACGAUGCUCAUCAGCCCCACCCUGGGGUGAUAGCUUCGCCGGUAUAUUUUGGGCACCAGGUUGCAGUGGAACCUGAAUCCAGGCCAUCUCCAUGUAGUUCCCGAGACGGAAUAACUGGCGUGGAGGAUGCUGUCGGUGUUUCGGUGGAUGCAGCUGCAUCUGCAAGAGCUGGGGUGGAGACGGGGUUGAGCAAAGCCGAGGAGCUGUCGCACAAUAAUCCGAGACUUUACUUUUAA